GAUGGCUGCGCUGCCAAGAAUGCACCACAAUUCCUGUUUAUUUUUGUAGUUAAUAUAUGAUUAAAAUAAGAAAAAAAGAAUUGGAAUAUUUCAAAAUACUCUAUUUUUAGGUCUUCCAGCUGUAAAUAGACAAUUUGGCGAUGACUGCCCCAACUCUGCCCUUUACGAGUCUUCUCCAGAGUAACAGUAGCAAACCUCCAGAUGGCCCUGCACUCCAUCAGUGUUUGACAUGGAAGCUUUUAUUUUGAAGUUAACAGGAAACUGGUGUGUCACUGGUGACUUGUGUCUAAUCUGCCAGUUUUCAUUGAAGCAGUGUGUGUGAGUGAGAGUGGGAGGACCUGGAGCAGCAGCUCUACUCUGUCGCUGAGGAGACUGAUGAACAUUAACAGGACUGAGGACAGCGCCUGCACAUCUCUUCAACAGCAGUUUUAUUUUUCCGAUUGUUCACGUGUGAUGGCUAUCAUGCCACCUGUUUGGAUUCUUAUCCUGGUGACAGCAUCUUUGGCAAACGCAGGUUCCUCAUGGAGCGCAGCUGUGAGCCAGGGGGAGGAGGUGGAGGGGACGCCCCAUGAAGUGGAGCCCUGCUCUACCUGUGGCCUCCAGGGGCCCCCCAGACGCUUCAAGAGAUGCACAUGUUACACCUACAAAGACAAGGAGUGUGUGUAUUACUGCCACCUGGACAUCAUCUGGAUCCACUCACCAGAGCACACUGUCCCAUACGGUCUGUCCAGCUACCAGGCGCCCCAACGUGAGCGGCGCUCUGCUGGGACUGAGCGGGGGGGCAGGGCCCAGCGCUGUGUCUGCAUACAGCAAACUGACUCCGACUGCAGCCGCUUCUGUGUGAACAGGCGGAGGCCCCCCAGAGCAGAGUCUGGAGCUGACAGGAGGAACGCUGCGCUGUGAUCACAUGACGUCUCAGUGACAUCAUCACCACCUGUCCUGCAGGCAGCCCUGACCUGCUGCUUUCUAUCCGGCUGAGAGGGAGAAUGGUGAAGGAGAUGCACAAACUGAAAGUGAAGACAGCAGCUCUGCAAAUGUCUCCUCAGGGUUCUUCUAACAUCCUGUCACAACGUUCAAACAUGAAAGACUUCGGUGAAGCUCACAUGUUCAGGAUUUGUGAAGUGGAGGCCACAUCAUGUUCAAAUAUCAGAGGGAACAUGAUCUCACAGCCGUGCCCCUGCACAGGGACUUCUUUGGCCACAGCCAGUCACUCAGCCUUAUGUUUCAAAAUUCAAAAAUGGUCACAGUCACGGAAACAACCCGUACAUUUUAUAUUAGCUUGUUGUUUCAGCAGUAAUUGUGGAAAGCAUUUGGAUGAACUACUUUACUUUGCUAUGAUUUUUUGGAGGAAAUGGAACUUGUGUUAAGCUGUAUCCAAGGAUUGUGAAAUAAAAAUGAAAUGUGUUUUAAGAUA